ACAUUAACGUUGGAUGCCACCCGCCAAGAAGAAGAACAACAACGACUAGCGCUAAACGUGAAUGCAACCUCUAUAUGUGAAAGUGUGUACAUAUCUCGUCAAAUUAUGAGGAAAAUUGGAAUUUAAAAUAACGGAUGUAUCGACGUCGCCUGGUGUGAAAAUAUAAUUUAGAUUUUGUCUUUUAGCAAUUAACUUGGUCCAGCUUUAGCAUAGUAGCAUCAUGGCUAGUCCUGCGAGUACAAAUAUAAAUGCUGUCCGCGAGACUAUGGAUGUGCUCCUGGAAAUGUCAAGGCUUCUGAAUACUGGAUUAGACAUGGAAUCUUUAGCCAUAUGUGUGCGCCUCUGCGAACAGGGGAUCAAUCCGGAGGCCCUGUCAUCAGUUAUUAAGGAACUCAAAAGAGCUUCUGAUUCUUUAAAGGCUUUGGAAAAUGGCACGAGUCAGGAAUGACCAUUCUAGCCCCAAAUGGAAGUUUCCCUUGUCUGAAAAAAAUGAAAUCUGCAUGAAACACUGUCUAUAGUAUAAAUUAGCAUGUACAUAUACAUAUGCAUAAUGCAUAAUAAAGCUUUUAAACUUUG